AUGUCCUACUUGCAAUCCCUCUUUGGCCUCCAAGGAAAGACUGCCUUGAUCACUGGUGCUACCAGGGGCAUCGGCGCCCGCAUGGCUCUCGCACUCGCCCAGGCAGGCGCAGACGUCAUCCUCAUUCAGCGGGAUACAUCUAAUACCACCACCCGAGACGCUAUCCGAGCCACAGGCGUCAAGGCCGACAUUGUCGUCUGCGACCUCGCCGACUCUGCUGCCGUCUCGAAGCUUAUUCCUCACGUCACCAAAGAGCUUGGUCGUACGCUCGACAUUGUCGUCAACUGCGGUGGUAUUCAGAGAAGACAUCCUGUGGAAAAUUUCCCUGAUGAUGAUUUCAACGAGGUGUUGCAGGUGAACAUGAACACCGUGUUCACCAUCACCCGAGAUGCCGGAAGACACAUGCUCGAGUCUAGGGGAGGGGUGGCUGGAGAACCAGUCCCUGAAGGAGGCGUCGCUGCGAACCCAAGAGGGAUGGGCAAGAUCAUCAACAUCUCCAGUCUGGUAGCGUACCAAGGAGGACUGAAUGUUGUUGCCUACUCUGCGGCCAAGCACGGUGUCGCUGGUAUGGUCAAGUCCUUCUCCAACGGCUGGGCGUCCAAGGGUAUCUCUGUGAAUGCCAUUGCCCCGGGAUACAUCUCCACGGACAUGAACGAAGCUCUUAUCGCCGACCCGGUUCGAUCCCGGCAGAUCCUCGAACGCAUACCCGCUGGACGAUGGGGUACACCUCAAGACUUUGAGGGUGCUAUCGUCUUCCUUGCCAGUAAGGCCAGUGAUUACGUCUCUGGCGAAUGCAUCGUAGUCGAUGGAGGAUGGAUGGGCCGUGAGUCAUUUCCCGGGCUUGAAGACUGA